AUGACUAUAAACAGUAUAAGUCUUUUUUUCCAGUUUAAAUCAGCUUUAAAACUCAUGAAAUUGAAGGAAUGUACUAUUUGCUUAACGUCUACUGCAAAAUACCGUUGUCCACAAUGCAACAUAGAAACAUGCUCUGCACAAUGCUCCACUGAACAUAAGAAACGUAGUUUAUGCUCUGGAUUGCCAAAUCCAACCUCAUUUUUGAAUAAAAAAGACUUAUUAACCAUUCAAAGUUUGGAUCGAGAUUAUAACUUUCUUUCUGCUAUUGAGUCAUCUCUAGACUCUUUUGUUAAAAAUAGAAUGUCAUUUUCAUCAAAUCAUGCAGCACUAAAACUUAAAAAAAUAAUUGAAAAAUGUGGCAUCAGAUAUCUUAUUAUCCCUCGAGGAAUGAGUAGAGCAUGCCAAAAUAAAACAUUUUGGAGCAAAAAAAGAAAAAAAAUUUUUUGGACUAUAGAAUGGAUUUAUAUAAAAAAUGAAACAAAAAUAUCAAAUAUCGAACACAAAGUUCCAUCUGAUAUAAAUAUUGUAGAUGCGUAUAAAAAUUUUAUUCAUAAAAGAAAAAUCAAUGAACUAUUGGAUAUUGAUUAUCAAACUAUUCAAUUUAUGAUAAAAAAAGUCAAUUCUCCUGCAAAUAAUUCCAUUUAUGAGACUUUAAACAAAAAUACAACAUUAUUAGAAAGCCUUAAAGGAAUGACUAUUCUUGAGUUCCCUACUAUUCAUAUUAUAGUUAAUGAAAACAAAAAUAAAUAUGCAUCAAUAUCAAAAGAAAUAACGCAAAUUAAGAACGAGAUAAAAAUUAAAACAGAAAUUAAAACAAAAAUCAAACAAAAUGGAAUCGUUGAUUAUGAUAGUGAAGAGUAA